AUGACAUUCUCGGGCGCACUUGCUUGUAUCAUCCCCGUCCGCUCCUCGAAACCGGCGGCUCCGGCGGGAUCGAACAACGUAAGCUACUUCUGCUAUGUUCAAGCUGACGCCCAGACGGAGAUCCAAAUCGGCGACGACAACACAUACUAUGAGGUCUCCACCGAUGUCGCAGCCAGUCGACAGCAGCUCGCUAAGGCCGAGAUCAACCUGAACGACUGUCUCGCCUGCAGCGGGUGUAUCACUUCCACCGAGUCCCUGCUCAUCACGAUGCAGAGCCACGCCGAAGUCCUCACCUUCAUCAAGGACAAGGACCCGCGGCGGCCAGUCCUCAGCAUUGCUCCGCAGACCCUCGCCUCGCUCUCAGCCGCUUAUGGCGGCUCGAUCCCGCUCCUCACGCUCCUGAGGCGGAUACGCUCCUUCCUCUCCUCGGAGGAGCGAGGCGGGUGGACAGUCCUCGACACGACGUUUGCGCGGCAUCUCGCUCUCCGCCAGUCUGUGUCCGAGUUCCGAUCUCGGCAACAGUCAUCCAAGAACCUGCCCAUGCUCGCCUCGGCGUGUCCGGGCUGGGUGUGCUACGCCGAAAAGGCGCAGGGCGACCUCCUCCCGCUCCUCUCCUCAACUCGCUCGCCACAAGCAAUGCAAGGCGCGAUCGUGAAGCGCCAUUUGGCCGAGAAGUGGGGCAAGAAGGCAAACGAGGUGUACCACGUCACGGCGAUGCCGUGCUACGACAAGAAGCUCGAGGCCUCGCGAUCCGACUUUUACGACGACGUCGCCAAGACGAAGGAGACGGACUGUGUCCUGACCACAGGUGAACUGGACUUGCUCCUGUCCGAGCUUGGUUUCGAUCCCUCAGCCCCCGUUCCGGGGGAGGAUGACCCCGUCCCCCCCGCAUCGGGCGACUAUUCGCGCCCCGACGCCGGCUUCCCCGAACUCCUGACGCAUCCUGGCUCCUCCUCUGGCUCCUACCUUAUGGCUCUCCUCGUCUCCCUCGCGCAAGAACACCCCGACGCAACGCUGCACGUCCGGCGCCUGCGCAACUCGCCGGAUAACGAAGAGUACUUCCUCGAGUCGGGCGGCCAGGUGCUCUUCAAGGGCGCGCGCUGCUAUGGGUUCCGCAACCUGCAAAACCUGGUCCGGAAGGUGGGCAAGGAGUCUGGCCUCACCAAGACGAGGGCGGGGGGCAAGCUCGCUGCGGCGGUUGCGCGACGGCGCAAAGCGCGCACCGGCGCCGGAGAAAUCAACACCCCCGCGACGCCGGCCCCGGGCACGCCAGAGCCGCACGACGUGGGCGACCUCGCUGCCGCAGCCCUCAUCGCCGCGCGGGACGAGAGGAAGCUCGACUUUGUGGAAGUCAUGGCGUGUCCUGGCGGAUGUGUCAAUGGAGGUGGACAGAUGAAGCCGACAACACGCAAGGCGGAGAGGGACGCGGAGGGAUACGAGCGUCCGCUCCCCGAUGACGGCGUCGCGACGCAGCAGGCGUCGGUCCUCGUCUCCUCCGGCCUGGCGUCCGAGGACGGCAUGCGGUGGAGCACCAAGGAGUGGGUCGCGGUCGUUGAGAGCAGGUACUGGGCCGGUCUGCCUACGCCUCCGUCUUCGCCGACGAUCUCGCCUUCUAAUCCCUCGACCACAGAGGGUGCGCCGAAGGGUAAUGCCAAGGCGACCGUCUCGUUUGACGAAAGUCUGCCGACCAUUCCCUCGCGGACAAAGGCGGCGGACCAGCUCGCUGACGAGGUCACUGAGAGUCUGAGGAGGCGGGAUGGCAAGGCGACAACGGCCAGCUAUAAGAAGGUAGAAGGCGAUGUGCUGAGCCAGGGCGGGCUGACGCAUGAGCAGGCCCAGUGGUAG